ACGCUAAACGAGUCAAAGCAGUUAACUCGUAUCCGGGCGGCCCCCUCUACUGCUCCUUAUCUGAGCCUCUCCCCCCGUAGUAUGGCGAGUGGCCAGCGCUAGUCACAGAGGAGAAGAGAAGAGAAGAGAGAUCCUGCAGAGAGGGCAGGCUUUACUCAAUGAAGAACGAGCUGGGCAGGAGCGUCCAGUUGUCUUCCAACAACCGCGCAGCAGCAGCAGCAGCAAUACGCCGAUGCCCGGUCACACCAGCCAGAACUUAACGGACUGAGUCACUGCGAGGAGCCGCUAUAGUGGCGCACCUGCCUGCUGAGGUGUACAAGUUUCUCAUCUUUUGCCAUGGCUACCGAAAGGACAUCCCUGAGGCUCUUUCUUCCAGCGUUAUUGGCUCUUUUCAUCAGACAUGAUGCUGUGGCACAGGAGGAGGAUAUGAGAUCAAGUUGCAGGACGGCUCCCAGUGAUCUCGUAUUUAUUUUAGAUGGUUCCUGGAGUGUGGAGGACACAAAUUUUGAAAUUGUGAAAAAAUGGCUGGUGAACAUUACCUCAAACUUUAACAUCGGUAACACUUUUACGCAAGUGGGGGUGAUCCAGUACAGCGAUAACCCCGUAUUGGAAAUUCCUCUGGGAACUCAUUCUUCCAGUGAAGAACUUCUAAGGGACAUGGAGUCCAUCAGUUACAUGGGAGGAAACACCAGAACGGGAGAAGCGAUAAAAUUUGCAGAUAAACAAAUGUUUGCCAUCUCAGAAAGAGCCCCGAACGGCGUCACGAAAAUUGCAGUGGUGCUCACGGACGGGAAAUCCCAGGAUGAAGUGAAAGAUGCAGCCGAAGAGGCGAGAAACAAUAAAAUUACCCUCUUUGCCAUUGGGGUUGGGCCAGAAAUCAAAGACGACGAGCUGAAAGCCAUCGCCAACAAGCCGCCGUCCACCUACGUGUUUCAUGUCGAAGAGUAUAUCGUCAUUUCCAAAAUACGAGAAGUGAUGAGACAGAAGCUCUGUGAAGAAACCGUGUGUCCCUCUAAAAUCCCAGUGGCGGCCAGCGAUGAGAAGGGUUUUGAUAUUCUCGUUGGUGUUGACAUCAACAAAAAAGCCAAAAGAGUUCCGGGGUCGUUUGCCACUAAGAGAGCCUACCAGGUGACCCAACAGGUGGACUUGACGGAACAGACACGAAACAUAUUUCCCGAUGGUCUACCUCCGUCGUAUGUUUUCGUGGCUACGAUGAGAUUUAAGAGUCCGCUGACCAGAGAAAACUGGGAUCUGUGGAGAAUCCGCGCCCUGAACGGAAUGACGCAAAUUGCCGUGACGUUACUGGGCCAAGAAAAGUCGGUGCAGUUUUCGACGACGAGUACAGAAAAUGGCGUGCAGGUGGUGACCUUUACGGCAGCUGAGAUGAAGAAACUCUUUGAUGAAAAGUGGCACCAGCUUCGCCUUCUAGUAACAGAGGAACAAAUUAAAUUGUAUGUCGACGACCAAGAAAUUGAAACCUUGGCACUGGCACCAGUUCUCGGUAUCUACGUUAAUGGAAAAACACAAGUCGGGAAGUACAUCAAUAAAGAGGAAUCUGUAGCGUUUGAGGUGCAGAAACUCAGGAUCUACUGUAGCCCUGAGCAGAACAGUCGAGAAACGGCCUGCGAGAUCCCAGGAAUUGAUGGAGAGUGUCUUAAUGGUCCUGGUGAUGUAGACAAUGAGCUGACCCCUGCCCCGUGCACAUGCCCCCCAGGGUUGCCAGGAAAGCCCGGUCUAAAGGGGGAACAAGGGAUGCCUGGAAAUCCUGGAGACCCUGGACACCGUGGUGCAGAUGGUAAGCCUGGCAUCCCAGGACAUCAUGGAACCCCAGGCCGACCAGGCUCUCCAGGAGUUCAGGGGCCUGAAGGACCAAGAGGAUAUAAAGGCGAGCCUGGCAGAUCUGGCGAGUCGGGAGAACGUGGGAUUCCAGGGAUUCCCGGAUCACCUGGAUUAACAGGAGAAAAGGGACCGAGGGGUCCAAGAGGAAUUGAUGGUUUGCCUGGCAUCAACGGAAAACCGGGUGAGAAGGGAGAGAGAGGCUCUCAAGGGUUACCAGGACCAUCCGGACCACCUGGACACCCUGGACUUAAUGGUCAAAAUGGAGCUCCUGGAAAUCAUGGAGAAAAGGGUGAAGUGGGAAGCCCUGGAAUGCCGGGAAGGGAUGGAUUACGGGGACACCCCGGUAUGCCAGGAAUUCCAGGAAAUGACGGCCUUCCCGGACCGAAGGGGGAUCUUGGAUUAAGUGGUGAAAAUGGAGCCAGAGGGUUACCCGGAGUAGCCGGUGAGACUGGUUUACCUGGACUGCCCGGCGUACCUGGAUUACCUGGAACUAAGGGAAGUAAAGGUGAAGCUGGAAAGCCGGGGAUCUCAGGAUUGCAAGGACCACAGGGAAAGCCAGGUGACUCGGGAAUUGUGGGACAGCCAGGACAUCCAGGCUUACGUGGGAUGAUCGGUAAUAAGGGAGACAAAGGAAGUCAAGGAGAAAAAGGAAACCAGGGUGCCAUGGGCGUCAAGGGAGAGAUGGGGAGGCCUGGAGCACAGGGACAGCCUGGGCUUCCGGGAUCAGAAGGACAGAAAGGAGAAAAAGGAGAGCCUGGAAGUAGGGGCCAAAAUGGACUCACUGGAGACCCAGGGCAACCAGGCCCAAUGGGACUUACAGGUCCAAGGGGGCAAAGCGGAGAAAUGGGACCAUUGGGUCCACCAGGACCCGAAGGAAGGCCUGGGAGAGAGCUUUCGGAAGACUUCAUUCGGCAGAUAUGUAUGGAUGUCUUAAGAUCUGAGCUGCCCUCCUUUUUGCAUAACGGGAGAUCAAGAAGCUGUAGUCAUUGCCACAUACGAGAAGGACCACCUGGGCCACCAGGACAAAAUGGUUUACAAGGACCACGCGGUUUCCCAGGAGUUCCUGGAAUGAAUGGCUUAACUGGACGCGUCGGCUCACCGGGUUCUCCUGGAAUCCCAGGACUCAAAGGAGACCUGGGUGAAAAAGGGGUUAAAGGCAGCUCAGGAGUUGGAGAACCUGGAACACCGGGCAUUUCAGGUCCACCAGGUCCAGCAGGCCCACCUGGAAUAGGAAAGGAAGGAUCUCCUGGUAAUCCAGGCCCCCCAGGACAGACUGGAGCCCAAGGAAAUCCCGGAAUGCCCGGAGUACCCGGACAGCCAGGAAUGUGCGAUCCAUCUUUGUGUUACAAUGUGAUGGUGGGAAGAGACCCCUUCAGGAAAGGACCCAAUUUUUGAUAAUCCCUGGCUGACGACACCAGCAGUUUUUGGACAUGGUGCUUAACUAUUGAAAAAAAAAAAAUUCUUUCAAGUCUCAGGAAGCUCCUUUUCGGCCUGUAGCAGGACCAGGGGUACCUCGGUUUGUCAUACACUCGCACGUUCAAGUGUACACAGGCGUGUCUACCUGUCUCCUUUAGGGGUGCUUUAUCUACAGCAUAUUGUGUGUAUGUCGCAAGAAUAUACCGGAAUGCUUGAAGUAUGUGAAGAGCAUAUAAAUACUCGCAAACAACAUAUUGAUUAAUUGUAUAAAUUAGAUUUGUUUUAUUUUUUCAUAAUUAAAUAGAGGGUGAGGGCGACUUCCCCAUACGGUCCAGCAGUGUCCACCAGUCAGAACCAAACCCUGGUGACCCUCAGUGUCUGGGCUUUCAAAGUGGAAGUAACUUUUUCUAUUCAAUUAAAUUUGGGUUUUAGUUCCUUUUCUCUUGUCUUUGAAAAUAAAAUGUCAGUGUAACAAUAAAAAAAA